CCCUCAGCACCACACGUGCACGCCAAACACGCACACUCGAGUCUUGUAGCGGAUUGCAUGCCUGCUGGACAGGGAUGGCAAGGAGGAAGGAAAAGACAGACACGCACAAGUCAGCCACCCACCGCAAAAAGCAGCUAGAGCGCCAGGAUGCGGCGCAAAGCAAAAAGAUCGACAUCACAUACACACCGAUUUACACAUCACGAGGCGCCAUCGACUAAGGGGAGAGGACGACGUGACGAAUUGACAUUGGCAUGAGAUUGUGACAUAUGCGACGCGUACAACCAUAUCAUCCUAUAUAUCGACCGACCAGCAGUCAUCCCAUCACCGCCUGUGCGUGACAUACUUCCUGCUGUCGUCCAGGUCCUCCCCCUCGACAUACAUCCACCUGGCAUUAGACCGCCGCCGCUUCGCCCGCUCCGCCUCGACCAGCAUGGCGUAUGAGUCGCCCUCCGUGCUGGGUGGCCAGUCGUUGAGGGGCGCCCGCUCACACAUGACCCCGCUGUAGCAAUCCAGGAAGCUCGUGCCACAGCCUCUCGCUUCUACCACAUGCGACCACAACUUGCACUGAAUGUCGCAAGCCAAACAACAGAGGGAGGGGACAAUGACGGCAUUGUGUGUGGGCUUCGUGUGUGGACAGUAGGGCGGCGUGUGUCGGUCAGCUCACCUCGGUGCUGAUGAAUGUGUCGACUGAAGGUGCCCUGCGUCCCUCGACACUGAAGGCCUGGCACCGCUCCCUGCCGCCCUCCCCGUCCAUGUCGCUGCACAGCCGCUGACACUGCAGGUAGGCCGGGCUCAGGUCAUGGAUCUCAGCCGCUGAUAACGUUAUCGAAUCCUCGCCAAUCAAUACACCUUCACGAUCACACAGAGAGAGACACAUGGAGAGAAGGGAUGGCGGUUGGGAGCCUCACCUUCGUAUGUGACGGACACCUUGUGGUUGACCUUGGCCUCUUCCGCGAAGCGUCCCCCUUUGCCCCAUCGCUUGCACUCUGCUUCGGUGGCGUUGGCGGCCGAAGGGCUCAGACACUUGCAGUAACGCGUCAGCUCUUCGCCAGCAGCCUCUGCCACACAACACAACACAACACAAUACACAGCCCGCAUGUCGCUGCGCACCACAUGCUGCUUGCUGCCAUGCUUGCAGCUUACGGGAGCGUCUUGUGCAAAGUGACGGCUUGCCGCCCACCACCGCCCCACUGUCGUCGGCCACUGUGAUCUUCUCCAAGUCGGGCGCCUCCCCCUUCAGACGACAGCCUUGUCCGGGUGCGUAGGCGAAGGACAGGCACUUGGUUGUGGAGUCGCAGAAGGACGCGCACUGGGCUACGUUGGUGAUCUUGGAGAGGAUCUCGAUAUCCACGUGCUCUGCGGGCAGGUCGGCGGCAGUGGUGUUGACGCCGUACGUCCAGCAACCAGCUGAUGGAGGGAGGCCACACACAACACAACACAACACAACACAACACAUGAGCCGCUUCGCUCGUGUGGGUUUGCUUGGUGUGUGGCGUGGAGUAAAGUGGGGUGAGGAGGUGUGCUCACCUCCCUUGAUGCAGUUGACCGAGUUCACGCCUCCAUGCACCACUUUGGAGUUCAUGACGACGUCCUUGGUGGCGAUGAUGGGGUCGCCCUUGGCCGUGCCCUUGAGCGUACAGUUUCUGGGGUCCUCGGUGAAGGUCCACCGCAGACACUGUGGGUCGGCUCGGCAGGCGAACAUGCAGUCACGUGGACUGGCCGCCGCGGUGGCCUCGUCUGUGGCGGGUCGCGUGUUGCCCUUGAAGUCUAUCAUGCCCCAAGUCCAGCAGUCCUCUGAUUGCGCCAGGUCCGUGUCGAUCUGGAUGGCGGGGUCCUCCUUCGGCAGAGGGGUGUCGUCAUCGUCAUCCUCGUCUUCGUCCUCGUACACGAUGCUCUGACCAGAACAGGCAGCGGGUGUACGGCUGUGUGUAUGUCUGUGCAUGAGGUUUGGUACUGUACCUUUGGUAGCUCGUAUUUCUUGGGGUCGUAUACGUACGUGGUGUUGAGAGGAAUGUCCAGGUCAUCGUAGUUCUCCUCCUCCUGUCACCACACAACAUCCACCCACACACACGGCAAGACCAGUCAGCUCGGCAGUGUGGCUCAGCUCUCUUCUCCAGGCUGAGGCCUCCUACCUUGUCAUAGUCGUAGUCUGCUGGCCGCUCCCUGCCGCCCUGCAUCGGCCUCACCUUCUUCGGCUGCUGUGCAGUGGUGCCAUUCUUGGCCUUCUCGUCAGUCUCCUUGUAGUCGGCCUCGUAGCCGUCCUUCUUCUUGCUGCCCUCAGUCUCAGCCUGGCUGCCCAAGAGGGGCUCGUCGUGCUCGACGUCGGCCUUCUCUUUGUCCCCUAUGGCCUGCAGCUUGGCGUUGACAGCUUUCUGACGCAGCACGCGACCCUCGGGAGAUUCGACAUCGGCGUUCCGCAGGAGGCCGUCAGCAGCCAAGGCGGGGGAAAGGAGCAGAGGGGACAGGGUGACCAGGCACUCGAGGACUCUCAUCGGCUUCAUCGCC